AUGCAGACAUUACGCGAACUCACCAAAGAGGCCGCCACAUACCCCAGACAACUCAUUCAGCAAGGUUCUACGCCUUACGUGCUCGAUCUUUAUCUUGAGCAGCUGAAUAAACAAGAAAAGCGAUUGUUUCACGGCAAUGACAAAGCUGAUAUUAGAUUUUGGGAAAGUUUUGUGCAAGCAUCUCAUGGAAGACAAAGGCUGAAAGCGACUCGGAAAAUGCUGACACUGAUUUUCUCUUACCACCAAGUUCUCCCAUCCUUCUUAGAAUUCAUCUUUCCUUUCGGCCUCCAACUCCAUGCAAGAGAUUUUCAUUUUGGUGGCUUUCGCUCCCAAUGUCGCCUAACACAGCAAGAGAUUGAAGCAGGAAUGGGAGUAGCAGAACGUGGACGCUCAGGCCGUGACAUCCGAAUUUGCUACAAUCUGAAGUCUGCAGAGUCCUACAAAGACCGAGAAGAGAACGAAUGGCCCUGGUUUAUCGGGCAGUCUGCUAUCUAUCAUUCUUUUGAUAUUGAGAGCUGCCAAUCUCUGUGGAUUGUUAUCAAGGGUGAUCAAGCUCUCAAAGAUCGUAUAGAAAAUGCCACCAAAGAUCAGGCUCCUCAACAGCAAUCGCAUCGCAGCGUUGAACAAUCCUUAGCCGCAGCUUUAGCCGUACACCAAAUUCUCUGUGAUUGGUCUGGAGAGGGUUGGCGAUUAUACCUCAACUUUUUAGAUGAAAAGUUUCAGUCUUCCACAUGGAGAGCAGUCUCUACUCGUUUAGAGAGUCCAUCGCUUCUGCCGCCACCACAACAGUCUACUGGGGCCCAGGAUGCUAGCGGAACUCGACACAGGCAGGGCGCUCGUAGCAAUACAAGUAGAGAUCACGCAACUCUGCAGGCUGGAGCAUCGACCGGCAUCAUGUUACAGCCGCUGCCCCACAUUGACGCAGCUCUUCAACAGUCUCAAACAACUCCGUUGUCCCCAAAUCCUGGAACGAGUGAGCAGGAGCGUGCUGAGUUCUCUUUUGAGGACCUGCAGAAGACUCAAGCUAUAGAAGAGAAAGUGAACGAAGCCAAUCUGAUUCUGAAAGUUAAUUUGGACGUCCUAGGAGAACUCAAGGACUCUUAUAGAUCUUUCCAAGUAUCGUUAGAGAAUCAGCGGCAUGCCAUAGGAGAUUUACACUCUGACCUGACUCGAUUCGAACAGCGCCUCUACGGAAUUCUCGAACAGCAGAAGACCGAGAUGGGUAAGCAGCAGGCCAGACAAGCCCAAGAGUCUGCUCGUAGAAUGGAGGAGGUUACCAUGAAAGUCCACAUCUUGACGGAAGACAUGCAUCUCAUUGCUAGAGAGACGCGAGAAGAGACAAUCUCCAUGAGGAUCAUGGCUCUCAUCGCGCUACUGUUCCUACCUGAAACAUUUGUUUCGACCUUAAUGAGCACAAAGCUUUUCCAGGCCUCGAGUCAUGAGGAAUACUUAAAUGCGCUCGGUCAAUUCUUCGUCUUGAGUGUGCCACUUCUUGCGGGGACAAUAAUGGUCUGGUAUCUCGGUCAGAAGCUCACGAAGAAGCAUCGCGCCAAGGAAUUGAAGCAUCAGGAAUGA